UGAAGCUGCAUUCGCGAAAAAAAACUUCACACGUAAUUUUUCACUCGGAGUGAAAAAUCCAAUUGAACAAAUUUAACUGCAUUAAACCGAACAAAAACUAGUUUACAACCAUGGGUGACUCCCUGGAGAACACCGACACCUCGGUGGAUCCGGGCGUGAAUGUGUCAAUAGCCAAUUACGAUGCAUUUGCCAACUAUCUGCGUAAGGCGGUGACCAUCUUGCUGCCGGACGACGAUGUGGUGCCUGUGUCUUUAAACGCUGCUCUGGAUGAUCCAAUCAACCAGGAUACCAUUCGCAAGUUCCUUUCGGAUCCCCAGGUCCAGGCUCUUUAUGUCCAGCGUAAUUGCAUUAAAGAGGACGACAGCGAGCAGCCUGCGGAGGGCGAGGAGGAAAAGGAGCAGGUCACCUACCAGAUCAGCAACGAUGUCCACUUCACCAACAGCCGCAUGGCCUCCUUGGCUUGCAUCAAGCGUGGCUUGGUGGUGGAGGCGGACAAGUCGAUUCACUCGCAGCUGCGGCUGAUCAACUUCUCGGACGGAUCUCCUUACGAGACGCUGCACGCGUUCAUCAGUAAGUCCCUGGCGCCGUACUUCAAGUCUUACGUCAAAGAGUCGGGACGCGCUGACCGUGACGGCGACAAGAUGGCUCCUUCCGUGGAGAAGAAGCUGGCCGAGCUGGAGAUGGGACUGCUGCACUUGCAGCAGAACAUCGACAUACCGGAAAUCACUCUGACGGCCCACCAAACCGUCAACAACGUGAUUCGGAAGUGCGCCGACGACGGCCGCAAGGCGAAGGUGGCAGACUUCGGGGACAGGGUGGAGGACUCCACGUUCCUGAACCAGCUGCAGACCGGUGUCAACCGCUGGAUCACCGAAAUCAAAAAGGUGACCAAGCUGAACCGUGACCCGGGGUCGGGCACUGCUCUGCAGGAAAUCUCAUUUUGGCUGAAUCUGGAGCGUGCUCUCUACCGCAUUCAGGAGAAGCGCGAGUCGCCGGAGGUGGCUCUGACCUUGGAUAUUCUGAAGCAUGGCAAGCGUUUCCAUGCCACUGUGUCCUUCGACACGGACACUGGCCUAAAACAGGCCCUGGCCACCGUGGCCGAUUAUAAUCCCUUGAUGAAGGACUUUCCCAUUAACGAUCUGCUUUCCGCCACCGAGCUGGAGAAGAUUCGUCCGGCCGUGCAGCAGAUAUUCUCGCAUUUGCGCAAGGUGCGCAACACCAAGUAUCCCAUCCAGCGAUGCCUGAAGCUCAUCGAGGCCAUCUCGCGGGACUUAUCCCAACAGCUGCUGAAGGUGCUGGGCACCCGGCGUCUGAUGCACAUCCCCUUCGAUGAGUUCGAGCGCGUGAUGAACCAGUGCUUCGAGAUCUUUAGCUGCUGGGACGACGAGUACGACAAGCUGCAGGGGCUCUUGCGCGACAUUGUGAAGAAGAAGCGCGACGAGCACCUUAAGAUGGUCUGGCGCGUCUCACCGGCCCACAAGAAGCUGCAGACGCGCAUGGAACACAUGCGCAAGUUCCGGCGCCAGCAUGAGCAGCUGCGCACUGUCAUCUUGCGGGUCCUGCGGCCCAACAAGCCGGCAGUGAGCGAGGACGGCACCACUGCUGAGACCAAGCAGCCCUACAGCCUGGACGCUGCUGAUGCCAAUGCCAUCGAGGAGGUGAACCUGGCCUAUGAGAACGUCAAGGAGGUGGACUGCCUGGACAUUACCAAGGAGGGGUCAGAGGCCUGGGAGGCGGCUGUCAAGCGUUAUGAGGAGAAGAUCGAUCGCGUGGAAACCCGCAUCACAGCUCACCUGCGCGACCAGCUCGGAACUGCGAAGAACGCCAACGAAAUGUUCCGCAUCUUCUCGCGCUUCAACGCGCUCUUUGUGCGUCCGCACAUCCGUGGGGCUAUCCGCGAGUACCAGACACAGCUUAUUCAGCGGGUGAAGGACGACAUCGAGGCACUGCACGAAAAGUUUAAGGUGCAGUAUCCGCAGAGCAAGAGCUGCCGCCUGUCCUCGGUGCGGGAUCUGCCGCCAGUAGCUGGCUCCAUCAUCUGGGCCCGCCAGAUCGACAAUCAGCUGACCAUGUACUUGAAGCGCGUCGAGGACGUGCUGGGCAAGGGCUGGGAGACCCACAUUGAGGGCCAAAAGCUGAAGGCGGACGGCGACAGCUUCCGUGCAAAGCUGUCCAUUUCAGAUGUCUUCCACGAGUGGGCCCGCAAGGUCCAGGAACGCAAUUUCGGAAGCACUGGUCGCAUCUUCACCAUUGAGUCCACUCGGUCCCGCAUUGGACGUGGCAAUGUGUUGCGCCUUAGGGUCAACUUCCUGCCGGAAAUCAUCACUUUGGCCAAGGAAGUGCGCAACAUUAAGAACUUGGGCUUCAGAGUUCCACUGACCAUCGUGAACAAGGCGCAUCAGGCGAACCAGAUCUAUCCGUAUGCCAUAUCGCUGAUUGAAAGUGUUCGCACCUACGAACGAACUCUCGAAAAGCUUAAUAAUAGGAGUCUAGCACAAAAUUCCGUAUUCAAGAUCGAAGACCGCGCUAGCAUUGUGCCCCUUGUGGCAGGCCUUCGCAAGGAUGUCCUCAACCUGGUCUCCGAGGGAAUCGGGCUCAUCUGGGAGUCGUACAAGCUGGAUCCGUACGUGCUUCGUUUGUCGGAGUGCGUCACCCAGUUCCAGGAGAAGGUGGAUGACUUGCUCGUGGUGGAGGAACAGCUGGAUGUGGACGUGCGCUCGCUAGAGACCUGUCCGUACAGUGCCGCCACUUUCGUGGAGAUUCUUUCGAAGAUCCAGCACGCCGUGGACGAUCUGUCGCUGCGCCAGUACUCCAAUCUGACUGUGUGGGUCACCCGAUUGGAUGAGGAGGUGGAGAAGAAGCUGGCUUUGCGACUGCAGGCCGGAAUCCAAGCCUGGACCGAAGCCUUGACUGGCAACAAGAAGGAGGUAGACACCUCUAUGGACACAGAUGCUCCAGCCCAACCGACUCAUAAGCUGGGAGGCGAACCGCAGAUCCAGAACGCCGUGCACGAGAUCAGGAUUACCAACCAGCAGAUGUAUCUGUAUCCCUCGAUCGAGGAGGCUCGCUUCCAGAUCAUGCAACAGUUCUUCGCCUGGCAGGCCAUUGUCACCUCGCAGGUGCGCCUCCAGUCCACCCGCUACCAGGUGGGCCUGGAGAAGCCAGUCUCGCAGACGUACCGCAAUCUUCUGACGAAGCUGCCGGAGGGAAAGAUUCUGGAGAACGCCUACGGAGCCAUCGAGAACAAGGUGAGCGAGGUGCGCAACUAUGUGGAGGAGUGGCUGCGCUACCAGAGCCUGUGGGAUCUCCAGGCGGACAUGCUCUACGGACGAUUGGGGGAGGAUGUCAACUUGUGGAUCAAGUGCCUCAACGACAUCAAGCAGUCCCGCACGACCUUCGACACCUCUGACACCCGACGGGCCUACGGUCCCAUCAUCAUCGACUACGCCAAGGUGCAAGCGAAGGUUACUUUGAAGUACGACUCCUGGCACAAGGAGGCCCUGGGCAAGUUCGGAACCCUGCUGGGCACCGAGAUGAGCACCUUCCACACCAAGGUGUCCAAGUCGAGAACCGACCUGGAGAUGCAGAGCAUCGAGGCGGCCAGCACCUCGGACGCUGUGAGCUUCAUCACAUACGUCCAGACCCUCAAGAAGGACAUGAUCGCCUGGGACAAGCAGGUUGAGGUGUUCAGGGAGGCUCAGCGCAUCCUGGAGCGCCAGCGCUUCCAGUUCCCCAACAACUGGUUGCACGUGGACAACAUUGAGGGCGAGUGGUCUGCCUUCAACGAAAUCAUCAAGCGCAAGGACACAGCCAUCCAGACGCAAGUGGCCAGCCUGCAGGCGAAGAUUGUGGCCGAGGACAAGGCAGUGGAGACCCGCACCGUGGACUUCCUCAACGACUGGGAGAAGACCAAGCCGACAGGCGGCAAGAUUCGCCCCGACGAUGCUUUGCAGCAACUGCAAAUCUUCGAGAGCAAGUACUCCCGCUUGAAGGAGGAACGGGACAACGUGGCCAAGGCCAAGGAAGCCCUGGAGCUCCAGGAGUCCGCUGUGCCCAACAACAGCUCCGAGCGCAUGAACGUGGCCCUGGAGGAGCUGCAGGAUCUGCGCGGCGUCUGGAGCGAGCUCUCCAAGGUAUGGACCCAGAUCGACGAGACGCGUGAGAAGCCCUGGCUGUCAGUCCAGCCCAGGAAGUUGCGCCAGCAGCUGGAGGCUAUGAUGGCCCAGCUGAAGGAGCUGCCGGCUCGCCUGCGCAUGUACGAGUCCUACGAGUACGUGAAGAAGCUGAUUCAGAGCUACAUCAAGGUGAACAUGCUGAUUGUGGAGCUGAAGUCCGACGCCCUGAAGGAGCGCCACUGGAAGCAGCUGACCAAGCAGCUGCGCGUCAACUGGGUCAUCUCUGACCUAACCCUGGGCCAGGUCUGGGAUGUAAACCUGCAGAAGAACGAGGGCGUCGUGAAGGACAUCAUCUUGGUGGCACAGGGCGAGAUGGCUCUGGAGGAGUUCUUGAAGCAAGUGCGCGAGUCCUGGCAGAACUACGAGCUGGACCUCAUCAACUACCAGAACAAGUGCCGCAUCAUCCGCGGGUGGGACGAUCUGUUCAACAAGGUGAAGGAGCACAUAAACUCGGUCGCCGCCAUGAAGCUGUCGCCGUACUACAAGGUCUUCGAGGAGGAGGCCCUGACCUGGGAGGAGAAGCUGAACAGGAUCAACGCCCUCUUCGAUGUUUGGAUCGACGUGCAGAGGCGCUGGGUGUACCUCGAGGGCAUAUUCUCGGGAAGCGCUGACAUCAAGACUCUGCUCCCCGUGGAGACCUCUCGUUUCCAGAGCAUCAGCUCCGAGUUCCUUGGACUAAUGAAGAAGGUGACCAAGUCGCCCAAGGUCAUGGACGUUUUGAACAUCCCAGCAGUCCAGCGGUCCCUGGAACGUCUGGCCGAUCUGCUGGGCAAGAUCCAGAAGGCCCUGGGAGAGUAUCUGGAGCGCGAGAGAACCUCGUUCCCGCGAUUCUACUUCGUGGGAGACGAGGAUCUGCUGGAAAUCAUCGGCAACAGCAAGAACAUCGCCCGGCUGCAGAAGCACUUCAAGAAGAUGUUUGCCGGCGUGGCCGCCAUCCUCCUGAACGAGGAGAACAAUGUGAUCCUGGGCAUAUCGUCGCGCGAGGGCGAGGAGGUGCACUUCAUUAACCCAGUGUCCACGGUGGAGCACCCCAAGAUCAAUGAGUGGCUGUCGCUUGUGGAGAAGCAGAUGCGCUUCACGCUGGCCUCUCUUCUGGCCCAGGCCGUGCAGGACAUCAAGCAGUUCCGCGACGGAAAGAUCGACCCACAGGCUUACAUGGAGUGGUGCGACAAGUACCAGGCCCAGAUCGUGGUCCUGGCCGCCCAGAUUCUCUGGUCUGAGGAUGUUGAGACAGCCCUGCAGCAGGCGUCCGAGAACAACAACGCCAAGCCCAUGCAGCGCGUCCUCGGCAACGUGGAGAGCACUCUGAAUGUCCUGGCAGACUCUGUUCUGCAGGAGCAGCCUCCCCUGCGCCGCCGCAAGCUGGAGCACUUGAUCAACGAGUUUGUCCACAAGCGCACGGUGACUCGCCGACUGAUCACCAAUGGCGUGACUUCCCCCAAAUCCUUCCAGUGGCUGUGCGAGAUGCGCUUCUACUUCGAUCCCCGCCAGACUGAGGUGCUGCAGCAGCUGACCAUCCACAUGGCGAACGCUCGCUUCUUCUACGGGUUCGAGUACUUGGGGGUGCAAGAUCGAUUGGUGCAGACCCCCCUAACGGAUCGCUGCUAUCUGACCAUGACCCAGGCUCUGGAAUCUCGGCUGGGAGGUUCUCCGUUCGGACCGGCAGGCACAGGAAAAACCGAGUCCGUGAAGGCUUUGGGCAACCAGCUAGGUCGCUUCGUUCUGGUCUUCAAUUGCGAUGAGACCUUCGACUUCCAGGCCAUGGGCCGCAUCUUUGUCGGCUUGUGCCAGGUGGGCGCCUGGGGAUGCUUCGACGAGUUCAAUCGACUGGAGGAGCGCAUGCUCUCCGCCUGCUCGCAGCAGAUCCAAACCAUCCAGGAGGCGUUGAAGUACGAGAUGGACAGCAACAAGGAGAGCAUCUCGGUGGAGCUGGUGGGCAAGCAGGUGCGCGUCUCGCCGGACAUGGCCAUUUUCAUCACCAUGAACCCGGGCUACGCCGGUCGCUCCAAUCUGCCGGACAACUUGAAGAAGCUCUUCCGCUCGCUGGCCAUGACCACGCCGGACCGCCAGCUGAUUGCCGAGGUGAUGCUCUUCUCCCAGGGCUUCCGCUCCGCCGAGAAACUGGCCUGCAAGAUCGUGCCCUUCUUCAAGCUCUGCGACGAGCAGCUCUCCAACCAGAGCCACUACGACUUCGGGCUGCGUGCUCUGAAGUCCGUGCUGAUCUCGGCCGGAAACGUGAAGCGCGACCGCAUAAUGAAGAUCAAGGAGCAGAUGAAGCAGCGCGGCGACGAGAACAUCGACGAGGCCUCGGUGGCCGAGAACCUGCCGGAGCAGGAGAUCCUCAUCCAGUCGGUGUGCGAGACCAUGGUGCCCAAGUUGGUGGCCGAGGACAUUCCACUGCUCUUCUCGCUCCUCAGCGAUGUGUUCCCGAAUGUGGGCUACACCCGUGCCGAAAUGAAGGGGCUGAAGGAGGAGAUUCGCAAGGUGUGCCAGGAGGACUAUCUGGUCUGCGGCGAGGGCGACGAGCAGGGCGCCGCCUGGAUGGAGAAGGGACUCGGCUCCACCUGGGUGGACAAAGUGCUGCAACUUUACCAGAUCUCCAAUCUAAACCACGGCCUGAUGAUGGUCGGUCCAUCUGGGUCCGGCAAGUCCACCGCCUGGAGGACCCUUCUCAAAGCCCUGGAGCGCUUCGAGGGCGUUGAAGGCGUGGCUCAUGUGAUUGACCCGAAGGCCAUUUCGAAGGAGGCCCUUUACGGUGUCCUGGACCCGAACACCCGCGAAUGGACCGAUGGCUUGUUCACCCACAUUCUGCGCAAGAUCAUCGACAAUGUGCGCGGCGAGAUCAACAAGCGGCAGUGGAUCAUAUUCGAUGGCGACGUGGAUCCCGAAUGGGUGGAGAACCUCAACUCCGUGCUGGACGACAACAAGCUCCUGACUCUCCCCAACGGAGAGCGUCUUUCCCUGCCCCCCAAUGUCCGGGUGAUGUUUGAGGUGCAGGAUCUGAAGUUCGCCACGCUGGCCACAGUGUCCCGUUGCGGCAUGGUCUGGUUCUCGGAGGAUGUCCUCUCCACGGAGAUGAUAUUCGAAAACUAUUUGUCGCGACUGCGGAGCAUUCCGCUGGAAGACGGCGACGAGGACUUUGUGGGCGUCAUCAAGCCGGCAAAGGACAAGGAGGAAGAGGUCUCACCCUCUCUCCAGGUGCAGCGAGACAUUGCCUUGUUGCUGCAGCCCUUCUUCUCCGCCGACGGCAUCGUGGUGCGGACUCUGGAGUACGCGAUGGACCAGGAGCACAUCAUGGACUUCACCCGUCUGCGCGCCCUCAGCUCCCUGUUCUCCAUGCUGAACCAGUCGGCCAGGAACGUCUUGAACUUCAACUCCCAGCACCCGGACUUCCCGUGCUCCGCCGACCAGCUGGAGCACUACAUUCCCAAGGCUCUAGUGUAUUCGGUUCUCUGGUCGUUCGCUGGCGACGCCAAGCUCAAGGUGCGCACUGACCUCGGCGACUUUGUGAGGAGUGUGACCACCGUUCCCCUACCAGGAGCAGCAGGUGCUCCGAUUAUUGACUUCGAGGUGAGCAUGAACGGCGAAUGGGUGCCCUGGAGCAACAAGGUGCCAGUCAUCGAGGUGGAAACACACAAGGUGGCCUCGCCGGACAUUGUGGUGCCCACGCUGGACACCGUGCGCCACGAGUCGCUACUCUACACCUGGCUGGCGGAGCACAAGCCAUUGGUGCUCUGCGGACCCCCUGGCUCCGGUAAGACCAUGACCCUGUUCUCGGCUCUUCGCGCCCUGCCGGACAUGGAAGUGGUGGGCUUGAACUUCUCGUCGGCCACCACGCCGGAGCUGCUGCUCAAGACCUUCGACCACUACUGCGAGUACCGCAAGACCCCCAACGGAGUGGUGCUCUCGCCCGUUCAGAUCGGCAAGUGGCUGGUGCUCUUCUGCGAUGAAAUCAAUCUCCCGGACAUGGACAGCUACGGCACACAGCGUGUGAUUUCCUUCCUGCGACAGCUGGUGGAGCACAAGGGCUUCUACCGGGCCAGCGACCAAGCCUGGGUGUCCCUGGAGCGCAUCCAGUUCGUAGGCGCUUGCAAUCCGCCCACCGAUCCUGGUCGCAAGCCCUUGUCGCAUCGGUUCCUGCGACAUGUGCCCAUCAUCUACGUGGACUACCCUGGAGAGACUUCGCUGAAGCAGAUCUAUGGCACCUUCUCGCGCGCCAUGCUGCGGCUGAUGCCAGCCCUGCGUGGCUACGCCGAGCCCCUGACCAACGCCAUGGUGGAGUUCUACCUGGCCUCCCAGGAUCGGUUCACCCAGGACAUGCAGCCGCAUUACGUGUAUUCCCCGCGAGAGAUGACCCGCUGGGUGCGCGGUAUCUGCGAAGCCAUUCGUCCUUUGGACUCGCUGCCCGUUGAAGGCUUGGUGCGUCUCUGGGCUCACGAAGCCCUGCGUCUGUUCCAGGAUCGUCUGGUGGAUGAUUCGGAGCGUCGCUGGACCAAUGAGAACAUUGACUUGGUGGGCCAGAAGCACUUCCCCGGCAUCAAUCAGGAGGAGGCUCUCCAGCGCCCGAUCCUCUACAGUAACUGGCUCAGCAAGGACUACAUGCCGGUGAACCGCGAGGAGCUGCGUGACUACGUGCGCGCCAGGCUGAAGGUCUUCUACGAGGAGGAGCUGGACGUGCCGCUGGUGCUGUUCGACGAGGUCUUGGAUCACGUUCUGCGUAUCGAUCGUAUUUUCCGCCAGCCGCAAGGUCACCUGCUGCUUAUUGGUGUGUCCGGUGCCGGAAAGACUACGCUUUCCCGGUUUGUGGCCUGGAUGAAUGGCUUGUCCAUCUUCCAGAUCAAGGUGCACAACAAGUACACGAGCGAGGACUUCGACGAGGAUCUGCGAUGCGUUCUGCGUCGCUCCGGCUGUAAGGACGAGAAGAUUGCCUUCAUUUUGGAUGAGUCCAACGUGCUGGACUCUGGUUUCUUGGAGCGCAUGAACACCCUCCUGGCCAACGGAGAGGUGCCCGGAUUGUUCGAGGGCGACGAGUACACCACCCUGAUGACCCAGUGCAAGGAGGGCGCUCAGCGAGAGGGGCUCAUGCUGGACUCCAGCGACGAGCUGUACAAGUGGUUUACCCAGCAGGUGAUGCGCAACCUCCACGUGGUCUUCACCAUGAACCCCUCCACGGAUGGGCUGAAGGACCGCGCGGCUACCUCGCCGGCUCUCUUCAAUCGUUGUGUGCUGAACUGGUUCGGCGACUGGUCUGACUCGGCCCUGUUCCAGGUGGGCAAGGAGUUCACAACGCGCGUGGACCUCGAGAAACCCAACUGGCACGCACCGGACUUCUUCCCCUCGGUGUGCCCGCUGGUGCCGGCGAAUCCCACGCACCGCGAUGCCGUCAUCAACUCCUGCGUGUACGUCCACCAGACCCUGCACCAGGCCAACGCUCGAUUGGCGAAACGCGGCGGCCGCACUAUGGCGGUCACUCCUCGCCACUAUCUGGACUUCAUCCAUCACUUUGUGAAGCUGUACAACGAGAAGCGCAGCGACCUGGAGGAGCAGCAGCUCCACCUCAACGUGGGUCUGAACAAGAUCGCCGAGACCGUGGAGCAGGUGGAGGAGAUGCAGAAGUCGCUGGCGGUGAAGAAGCAGGAACUGCAGGCCAAGAACGAGGCUGCCAACGCCAAGCUCAAGCAGAUGUUCCAGGACCAGCAAGAGGCCGAGAAGAAGAAGAUCCAGUCGCAGGAGAUCCAGAUCCGGCUGGCCGACCAAACAGUCAAGAUCGAGGAGAAGCGCAAAUAUGUGAUGGCCGACCUGGCUCAGGUGGAGCCGGCUGUCAUCGAAGCCCAGCAAGCGGUCAAGUCGAUACGCAAGCAACAGCUCGUUGAGGUGCGAACCAUGGCUAAUCCACCGUCGGUGGUCAAGUUGGCCCUGGAAUCGAUCUGCCUGCUGCUGGGCGAGAAUGCGACCGAUUGGAAAUCGAUCCGGGCCGUGAUCAUGCGCGAAAAUUUCAUAAAUUCAAUUGUAUCUAACUUCGGUACCGAGAACAUAACCGAUGAGGUGCGCGAGAAGAUGAAGUCCAAGUACCUCAGCAACCCAGACUACAACUUCGAGAAGGUCAACCGUGCCAGUAUGGCGUGCGGACCCAUGGUUAAAUGGGCCAUAGCUCAGAUUGAGUAUGCCGACAUGCUGAAGCGCGUCGAGCCCUUGCGCGAGGAGUUGCGCUCGCUGGAGGAGCAGGCCGACGUUAACCUGGCCAGCGCCAAGGAGACCAAGGACCUGGUGGAGCAGCUGGAGCGCAGCAUCGCUGCCUACAAGGAGGAGUACGCUCAGUUGAUUUCCCAGGCCCAGGCCAUCAAAACGGAUCUGGAGAACGUCCAGGCCAAGGUGGACCGCUCGAUCGCUUUGCUCAAGAGCCUCAACAUUGAGCGAGAGCGUUGGGAGUCUACCAGCGAGACGUUCAAGUCUCAGAUGUCCACGAUUGUGGGCGACGUGCUGCUGUCCGCAGCCUUCAUAGCCUACGGUGGCUACUUCGACCAGCACUAUCGGUUGAAUCUGUUCACCACCUGGUCGCAGCAUCUCCAGGCGGCCAGCAUCCAAUACCGGGCAGACAUUGCACGCACCGAGUAUCUGUCCAAUCCCGACGAGCGCCUCAGGUGGCAGGCCAACGCCCUGCCCACGGACGACUUGUGCACGGAGAACGCCAUCAUGCUGAAGCGCUUCAACCGCUACCCUCUGAUCAUCGAUCCCUCGGGUCAGGCCACUACCUUCCUGCUCAACGAAUAUGCCGGAAAGAAAAUCACGAAGACGUCCUUCUUGGACGACUCCUUCCGCAAGAAUCUGGAGUCCGCGCUCCGCUUCGGUAAUCCUUUGCUGGUGCAAGACGUGGAGAACUAUGAUCCUAUUCUGAAUCCCGUGCUCAAUCGCGAACUGCGUCGCACGGGUGGUCGAGUGCUGAUCACUCUCGGUGACCAGGACAUUGACUUGUCACCCUCGUUCGUCAUAUUCCUGUCCACUCGGGAUCCCACUGUCGAAUUCCCUCCGGACAUCUGCUCCAGAGUUACGUUUGUGAACUUCACUGUGACUCGCAGCUCGCUCCAGUCGCAGUGCUUGAACCAAGUGCUGAAGGCGGAGCGCCCAGACAUCGAUGAGAAGCGCUCCGAUCUUCUGAAGCUGCAGGGCGAGUUCCGCCUGCGACUCCGCCAGCUGGAGAAGAGCCUGCUGCAGGCGCUGAACGACGCCAAGGGCAAGAUCCUGGACGACGACUCGGUGAUUACCACCCUGGAGACCCUCAAGAAGGAGGCCUACGACAUCAACCAGAAGGUGGACGAGACCGACAAGGUCAUAGCUGAGAUUGAGACGGUAUCCCAGCAGUACCUUCCCCUCUCGGUGGCGUGCAGCAAUAUUUACUUCACCAUGGACAGCCUUAACCAGGUGCACUUCCUGUACCAGUACUCGCUGAAGAUGUUCCUCGACAUAUUCUCAACCGUUCUGUACAACAAUCCGAGGUUGGAGGGCAAGUCCGACCACUCGGAGCGUCUGGGCAUCGUGACCAAGGAUCUGUUCCAGGUCUGCUACGAAAGAGUGGCCCGUGGAAUGCUCCACAACGACCGGCUGACCUUCGCUCUGCUCAUGUGCAAGAUCCAUCUGAAGGGCACCUCGGAGUCCAACCUGGAUGCCGAGUUCAACUUCUUCCUGCGCAGCCGCGAAGGAUUGCUGGCCAAUCCCACGCCCGUGGAGGGCCUAUCGGGCGAGCAGGUGGAAGGAGUCAACCGCCUGGCCACCCGGCUGCCCAUCUUCCGGAAGCUGCUUGAGAAAGUGCGCGCCAUGCCGGAGCUGGGUGCCUGGCUGCAGCAGAGCUCUCCGGAGCAGGUGGUGCCGCAGUUGUGGGACGAGUCCAAGGCCCUCAGCCCGAUAGUUAGCUCCGUUCAUCAGCUGCUGCUGAUUCAGGCCUUCCGGCCGGACCGCGUCAUCGCCGCCGCUCACAAUGUGGUGAACACGGUUCUGGGCGAGGACUUCAUGCCCAACGCCGAGCAGGAACUUGACUUUGCCAACGUGGUGGACAAGCAGUUGAACUGCAACACCCCGGCCCUGCUGUGCUCCGUGCCUGGAUUCGAUGCCUCUGGACGCGUGGAUGACUUGGCUGCGGAGCAGAACAAGCAGAUAUCCAGCAUCGCCAUCGGAUCCGCCGAGGGCUUCAACCAGGCCGAACGGGCCAUCAACAUGGCCUGCAAGAGCGGUCGCUGGGUCCUGCUGAAGAACGUUCACUUGGCGCCGCAAUGGCUAGUCCAACUGGAGAAGAAGAUGCAUUCCUUGCAGCCACACUCCGGCUUCCGGCUCUUCCUUACUAUGGAAAUAAACCCGAAGGUGCCGGUCAACCUUCUCCGUGCAGGCCGCAUCUUUGUGUUCGAACCUCCACCGGGUAUUCGGGCCAACCUGUUGCGCACCUUCUCCACUGUUCCGGCUGCCAGGAUGAUGAAGGCCCCCAGCGAGCGUGCACGCCUGUACUUCCUGUUGGCCUGGUUCCAUGCCAUCGUCCAGGAGCGCCUCCGCUACGUGCCCCUGGGUUGGGCCAAGAAGUACGAGUUUAAUGAGUCGGAUCUUCGUGUCGCCUGCGAUACGUUGGACACCUGGAUCGACACCACAGCCAUGGGUCGAACCAACCUCCCACCGGAGAAGGUGCCAUGGGAUGCUCUGGUCACGCUUCUGUCCCAGUCCAUUUAUGGAGGCAAGAUCGACAACGACUUCGAUCAGCGGCUGCUGACCUCCUUCCUGAAGAAACUCUUCACCGCCCGCAGCUUCGAGGCAGACUUUGCCUUGGUGGCCAAUGUAGAUGGAUCCUCCGGUGGCCUCCGGCACAUCACUAUGCCAGACGGAACUCGCCGCGAUCACUUCCUGAAGUGGAUUGAGAACCUCACAGAUCGCCAGACGCCUUCGUGGCUGGGACUGCCGAACAACGCCGAAAAGGUUCUGCUCACGACCAGGGGAACCGAUCUGGUCAGCAAGCUGCUGAAGAUGCAGCAGCUGGAGGACGACGAUGAGCUGGCAUACAGCGUGGAGGAUCAGUCGGAGCAGUCGGCCUCUGCAGUGGCAAGAAGCGAGGACGGACGUCCGUCCUGGAUGAAGACGCUGCACAACUCGGCCACCGCCUGGCUGGAACUGCUCCCGAAGAGCCUGCAGGUGCUGAAGCGCACAGUGGAGAACAUCAAGGACCCACUGUACCGCUACUUCGAACGCGAGGUGACCAGCGGCGCCCGGCUGCUGCAGACGGUGAUCCUAGAUCUCCAGGAUGUGGUCUUGAUCUGCCAGGGCGAAAAGAAGCAGACCAACCACCACCGCUCCAUGCUCUCCGAGCUGGUGCGCGGCAUCAUCCCGAAGGGCUGGAAGCGAUACACUGUUCCUGCUGGCUGCACGGUGAUCCAGUGGAUCACGGACUUCAGCAACCGGGUGCAGCAGCUGCAGAAGGUGUCGCAGCUGGUCUCGCAGGCGGGAGCCAAGGAGCUGCAGGGCUUCCCCGUUUGGUUGGGUGGUCUGCUCAACCCGGAGGCCUACAUAACGGCCACCAGGCAGUGCGUGGCCCAGGCGAACAGCUGGUCGCUCGAGGAGCUGGCCCUGGAAGUAACCAUCACGGAUGCUGGUCUAAAGACCGAUCAGAAGGAUUGUUGCUUCGGCGUAACCGGUUUGAAGCUCCAGGGCGCUCAAUGCAAGAACAACGAGUUACUGCUCGCCUCCACCAUUAUGAUGGACCUGUCCCUUACCAUCCUCAAGUGGGUCAAGAUCUCCUCGGAGACUCGUAUCAGCAAGCUCACGUUGCCCGUCUACUUGAACUCCACCCGAACAGAGCUUCUCUUCACCGUGGACUUGGCUGUGGCUGCCGGACAGGAUUCCCACAGUUUCUAUGAGCGUGGCGUCGCCGUUUUGACUUCCACCGCCUUGAAUUAAGUGCCCGAAUAUUUGGGAUUCAACAUCCGUAUAUCCACUAUAUCCCAACAAUAUACUCAGUAUCCACUUUUGCAUUAAAAAUAUUGUAAUCCAUAUUAAAGAAAUGUCUGCAUUACACAAAA